UCCAGUUGAGUUCACCAAGUUGCGGAAUGUUACGUUAACUAGAAGCGUCUGGAAGUUGAAGCGGCCGUGUGCCUGGAUAAAGUUUUCCGAACAACUCACUGAACCUCGAAAAAAAAAACAGUGAAUUCAUCCGUGAGGACAAAGAAGGGCCUGCCGAGACUGCUGUGAAUUUAAAGUCACGUCGGAACAAAAAGGACAACGAGUCGAGUAGUGGAUACGGUAGCAUUUAUCAUUCAACACCGUCGAAACUGCAGGCUUUCCAGUAAGCUAGUUGAUACAGCAAAAGCUGUACGCUUCCCUGCCAUUUCCAGACUGACUUAAAGACGUUAUACUAGGAAAAAGAACUUACAUGUGUCCAUUGAUAUUUCAUGGAUUCUGCGUGAUGGUGUGAGAAUGGGACAGGGUGCUGUUGGAAGUGACUGCAGCCCUGGAGGCUGAUGAACCCUCUCCAUCGGCCAGUCAGGAUGCACAUAGCUUCGGUGGGUGUCAGCAAGUUCUGCUUCCUGUUUUCCCUCGCAUUCUGCGGUCUCUUGCUUCUGCUCAUCCCAGCCCUCCAGCCCCCAGCUCGUCAGGUGGACCUGCCUCAGCCCCGACCCCACACCAGGCCUACGCAGGUGGGCCUGUCACACCACAGCCAGGUUCUAGCAGUGUCUGUACAUGCUGAGAAAACUGACUCAGCCACAAGGCUGAAUGGGAACUCAGUGGGCCAGGAGGGGUCCAUCCAGACUGAAAUUAUCAGAAAUGAUAAGAAGGAGAUGGAUGCCAAAGGAAGCCCAGAAAGAGGGGCUCUCCCUGGAGGAAAGGGUGGUGCACUUUCAGGGUCCAACUCCCAUGACCCGUUAGAGUUGAAGGACAUUUUUAUUGCUGUGAAGACAACCAGAAAGUACCACAAGUCCAGACUGGAGCUGCUGAUUCAGACCUGGGUUUCCCAAGCUAAAGAACAGACCUACAUGUUUACUGACGGUGAGGACAGGGAGCUGCAGAUGAGAACAGGAGCCAACAUCAUCAACACUAACUGCUCAGCAGCUCACACCCGCCAGGCUCUUUGCUGCAAGAUGUCUGUGGAGUACGACAAAUUCAUCGAGUCUCAGAAAAAAUGGUUCUGCCACGUGGAUGAUGAUAACUAUGUAAUUCUGCCCAGCUUGUUGUGGGUGCUCUCCUCUUACCACCACAGCCAGGAUGUCUACCUGGGCCGGCCCAGUCUGGAUCACCCUAUAGAGGCUGCAGAGAGAGUCAAGAGUGAUGGAUCAGUUUCUGUUAAGUUCUGGUUCGCCACAGGUGGAGCAGGUUUUUGUAUCAGCAGAGGUCUGGCACUGAAAAUGAGCCCAUGGGCCAGUUUGGGGAAUUUCAUCAGCACAGCAGAGAAGAUCCGACUCCCGGACGACUGCACCAUCGGCUACAUCAUCGAGGCGCUGCUGGAGGUCAGCCUGACACACACACGCCUCUUCCAUUCUCACCUGGAGAACCUGCAGAAGCUGCCCGCUGACUCUAUCCUGAAGCAGGUGACUCUGAGCUACGGAGGCUUUGAGAACAGAAGAAAUGUGGUCAGCAUUGUUGGAGGUUUUUCACUGGCUGAAGACCCUACAAGGUUUAAGACGGUCCACUGCCUUCUGUACCCAGACACUGACUGGUGUCCAAAACCCAAACCUCGCCACAAAAACUGAAAACCUCUGUGUAUUUACCCUGCAGCACACCCACCCAGCCUUUCUCCCACUGCUUCACUCUGCCACGUCUGGGUCAAGCUACGUGUAGCUGAGAGUACACGUGGUUACGUGGACACCUUUAUCCAAAGCAGCCUCACCUCUCCCUUCAUGAAUUCACAGUGCUAGUGGAUUUUUUUAUUGUGUUGUUGAUUUUUUUUUUUUUUUUCUUUUUGAUUUUACUCUUCUCGGAGGUAGAGCUUUUGAAUGGAUAGAACUGAUCCAACUCACUAAGUGAACCCCUGAUAGGUGGAGCCAAAGAGUGACUUUUUGUGGCUAACAGAGCAUAAAGACAGAAGAAGCCACUACUGAGCAGAGCUCUCUCAACAGCCUCCUUGAUUCCUUACUAAUCAUGGCACUAAAUGCUACACUUUCAGUGAGCAGUCAUUGCAAUAGAGAAGACUCAGAUCAUGUGCCUGUAUUAUUGAGAGGAAAUUGAUUGAAGGUGCUGAAUUAAAUCCACAUCUUCUACAAAGCUCAGCCUCUGCUGCUGGUGGAGUGAACCAGGAGCUUCAGUGGUGGAGCAACAGAAUUUGCAGCUCACUGUAACUGGAAUUAUCUCAAAGCUCUUCGGCACUCAGUUAGCUUCUCCCCUGAAGUUAUCUACACGUCUUGUGAGGUUUGGAGGCCAGUUUAUUCAGGCAGUUCCUUUCUGGGUUUGUUACAGGUGUUUGGUGUGAGCCUCCACCUUUCCUACAUUCUGCCUUUAUCAUUGAACCAAUGAUGAAACAGGAAGAAGGAGAGAUGACUCCAUCCACUGUGGUUUAAGCUCUCCCAGCAGAGCAGCACACUGGGCUGGUUCGCUGGGUUACUGGCCAAAGCCAUAAAAGUAACAAUCCUAAAAACUCUGAUGCUAUCCUGUGGUUAUGAGUUCCUGCUUUGCCAGAUAUUUAUCUUGUACUCUGUGGUGUGAUGGUUCUUUGGCUCAGCCCAUCAGAUCAUGAAAACUCCACUCUCCAUAUCAGUGCCAUGCUCCUUAAACUGAGUGGAGAACCAGUAUGUGAAGGAGCCCACAGUAUUAGUAGUAGCUUGCACUGACAUGCCUACUCACCAACAAACCACUGACUUUUUUGAAGUCCGUUUCAUCUCCAUGUUCUGUUACUGGUGACAUGAUGGGCCAAAGUCAACUGUAAAAUCUUAAGUUUCUUUAUAAUGACAAAUAAUUGAGGUACUCUUAAAGAGCAUGAGCAAGAUGUAUUGGGGUUUUUUUUUUUGUCUCAAAGAUGAACUGAAGUGAAAUGAGAUUAUAUCUGCACAGUUGAUAAAACCUCUGUGCAGAGUUUGUAUGCUGAUGUACCUCAUUCUCAACCCUCUUAUUAUAUUAGUCUGUUUCUAACAGGUCCCUGUUUAUGGUUUUGCACUACUUUGAUCAUGUCACUUCCUAUAUCUUACAGCCUGUACAUGUUACAGUGUUGGUGUAAAAUAUGACUUCAUGUUUUUUGUUGUUUGUUUGCUCUUGUAUAUUCAGUUUUUUUUUGUUUUCAUAGGUUGUAGUUAGAGCUGUGUGUACACUUCUAUAAGGCGGAGCUGCUCUGGAGGCAGAGCAGUUAGUUUGGAGUUGUGGUGCAGUCAGACCAACAAAAAAAAAAAAAGUUUUCCCUGGCAAAAACCGUCACUGUCCUCACACUCACUGCAACCAGGCAGCAAAAAAAAAAAGGUCUCGAUCCUUCCUACAUAGAGCUGAGUGGUACGAGAAUGUGACUGCACCAUUUGCCUUCAGCGGGUGGAGCCAAAGAAUGUCUUGACAACAUUGCCGUGAAACUUGGUAUGUCGGGUUCCUAGAGGGUUGAUCAAGUCGUUUCUUCCCAGUAACCAUCAGGAAAUUGAAAUCUUUAAUUUAUGCUGCUGUGGACACCAGAUGAUUCUGUUUGCUCCUCUUACCAUGAUUUUAAUGUCAGAGCUAAUCAACAGUAUGACCUCUGGGUGCUGCCAGCAGCUUUAUUCUUAUUAGCCAUGCCGCUGGUAGGGCUCUACGACUGGUUGUUGUCAUUCAGUCCACCACUUUGGUCCAGACUCAAACCUCAGGAAAUCGCAGAUGGACUGCCAUGAAAUUUGUCAGACAUUCAUGUUCUUGAUGGGAUAACAUUGUAAUAAGUUUGGUGAUCUGUCAUCAGGUCAAGACGAUAAUUUAUCCAAUAUAUAACAAUUGAUCAAUGACUAAAUCAUCAUCAUCAUCAUCCUUGGAGGUACUCUGUGUUCUAAUUGGUAAAUGUCAGUAUGCUAACACUCUAAACCAAGAUGGUGAACUUGGUAAACAGUCAAACAGCUAGUCUGCUGACCCAACCAAGAUCAAAAAUGAUCAUGAUAAAAUGAAGCCUUUGCAACCGUGAUGUUCGACCACUGCUACAGGUUUCCAGUCCCCCUGCGCUUUUAUAAACUGGCUCUUUGGCUCCACCCGCUCAGGCUCCACCAACCAGUGUCAGUAUUUUUUGCCUGUAAAAAGUAUUUGUGUGAAACACCCAUCUACCUUUUUGCACACAAGACUAAAAUCCAAAAUCCAAAAUCCAGAGCCUGUGUCUCACUGCAGGUCAGUGGGCAACUGAGGGAGAGAAGUACUUUUGUAAACUGUUUACCACUGAUGUAUUAUGUCUUUUCAAGAAUAAAACCUUUCUGCAUUC